AUGGCACAGCCAAUUCCAGCUACCCAAACAGUCGCCCUGGUGAGAGAACUGGGCGGUCCGGUUGAAUUCGUGGCCGGCUACCCUGUCCCAGUUCCGGGAAACAACGAGGUUUUAGCCAAGGUCCUUUACACAGGUGUUUGUCAGAGUGAUCUGCAUACCAAAUCCGGCACUGCUGCUAGCGCUCAGGGUACCCCAAUUCUCAACGUCAAACUUCCGCACGUCGGUGGCCACGAGGGUGUUGGCCGUAUUGUAGGAAUUGGUCCAAACUGUGGCGAAGGAGUAAAGCUAGGUGGUUUGGUUGGAAUCCGUUUCUUGAGUCGGGUCUGUCGACGAUGCGAGUUUUGUCUUGCGGGCAUAGAACAAUACUGUACGAAAAGUACGAAUCAUCUUCAUCAUGAAGAUGGUAGUUUCCAGGAGUAUAUUGCUCUUGAUGCUGAUAACUUGACCAUCCUGCCUGAUGAUGUUGAUCCUAAGCUCAUUGGACCAGUACUGUGUGCUGGUGUCACGGCUUACAAAGCUGUUCUUAAUGCCAACAUCAAAAUAGGUGACUGGAUUGUCGUCGUUGGUGCCGGUGGUGGCCUAGGACAUCUUGCUGUUCAAUAUGCAAGAGCGAAUGGUGCAUCUGUCAUUGCCGUUGAUACCGGUAAUGACAAGAGGGAAUAUCUCCAAUCAGUGGGGGCCAAAGAAUUUGUCGACUUUGCCCUCGUGCCAGACAUAAUUGAGGAAGUUCGCAGAAUCACCAACGGAGGUGCCCAGGCUGUGAUUGUAGCAGCUGGAAAUGCCAAAGCAUUUGCCUACGCGGCAGAAUUGCUUCGAGUUGGUGGAACGCUGAGCUGCAUUGGCAUUCCACCGGGCAGGCCGUUCAUUGAGACCCCUAUUUCCACUAUUGUGAUCAAGGGUCUCAGGAUUACUGGAAACUUGAUCGGCUCCUUGAAAGAAUGUAUGGAAGCCGUUGAACUUACUCGACGAGGUGUUGUGACUCCAAGGGUUCAAGUAAGACCAUUCCGGGAAUUACCCCAGGUUUACGAGCAACUUGAAAAGGGCGAUGUGCCUGGGCGGAUUGUUUUACAGAUUGCAGAGAACUGA